UGAUGGUGGGUUCACAAACACAAAGAGAGAAGCGCAAUAUACUGAGCAGUAGAGAGUGGAGGAAAGAGAGAGGGGAAAAAAGACAAAAGUCAGGAUUGAGACUUGAGAGAGAGAACAUCAUUCGUCAGGUGUUGUUCUUUCCUGACAAAGUGGCCAGAAUUAUUAUCACAGUCGUAGCAAGCUAGAGUAACAAUCCAUCUGGAGGGUUUGAAAAGUGGCUUACCGAGUGUUAUGGUGAGGAACAUGGAUUCAAUCAAGUUACCAGUCAGUCGGCAGGUCAGUCUUUGCUAACCAGUGUGUCAGAGAGAGAGAGAGAGAGAGAGGGGCUGGGUGUGAGUAAGCAGUUAUCACAGGAUUGGAACUGGUUCUAUGGCAAGUUACAGUCAAAGAGAGAGCCGCGAGCUUAGAGGAUUGUAACGGGCAACAGUACCGUUAUAGCAAUUGUGUUUGUAGUAGAAGAGAGUGUAGUGUUAGUGUGGGGAAGGAGGACCAGUGAGAGUGUAUGAGUUAAAAAGACAGAGAGCGGGAGUUAACUGAAAUAGCAGCAAGAGGGUAUAUCAUUAUCAUCAUCAGUCCACCAUGGCGUCAGCUGCUCUAGAACUGAUGGGCUUCUUCAUGGGUCUGCUAGGCAUGCUGGGUACCCUGGUGUCCACAGUGCUUCCCUAUUGGCGGACAUCUGCCCACAUCGGGCCCAACAUCGUCACUGCCGUGGCCAAUAUGAAGGGCCUCUGGAUGGAGUGUGUCUACCAGAGCACCGGAGCCUUCCAGUGUGAGACCUACAACUCCAUGCUGGCCUUACCCUCAGACCUCCAGGCCUCCCGGGCCCUGAUGGUGGUCUCCGUGGUCUUUUCCGUCCUGGCCGUCGUCAUCUCCACUGUGGGCAUGCAGUGUACCAUCUGCAUGGAGGGCUCCGCGGCUAAAGGCCGAGUGGCCGGUACUGGGGGAGGCCUCUUCCUCACCGCGGGGUUCCUGGCUCUGAUCCCGGUGUCGUGGACCACCCACGAGGUUGUCCAGACCUUCUACCAAGCCAACCUGCCCAGCAGCCUGAAGUACGAGCUGGGGGACUGUCUGUACGUGGGGCUGGCCGCCGCCCUGCUCUCCAUGCUGGGCGGGGGGCUGCUGUGUGUCUCCUGCUGUGAGAAGGCGGAUGGGGGGCGCCGUGGAGGGAGGAGGCACGGCGGAGGGUACCCCUACCCAGCCCCGGGCAUGGGGGUAGGCACUGGGAGGGCCAGGACCAGCUCACAGACCUAUAGGAACCCAACGCUACAGAUGGGGGUGAACGCUGCCACCAAGGCAGCGACCCUGGCAAGGAGUCACACCAGCACUACUACCCAGUCCAGCACCCCCGCCCAGGGGGCCAAGAAAGACCCACGCCGCAACCCUGCGGUGGGUUACGAUGUCACUGGGUACGUCUGAUCGUGUUCAGGCCAAUGUUAACAUUCACACACACAUCACGCUGUCUCUUCUAUACAGUAUGUGGUGCAGAGCAUGACCAACCCAACAACUUGCUAAGGUAACUGACUGUGUUAUCUUUUACAAUUAACUGAUCAGGGGACUUUUAGUUCCACACUACCGUAUAGGAAGACUUUUGGCUCCUCGCAAUGGAAAUCAGAGAGACUUGUAGUGCUUGACCAUGCAUACAGUACUGUAGUGACUGAACGAACUGAGUAUGUUUUAUACACCCUUUUAUAGAUUUAGUAUUGAAAAUUGAUUUAUUGCAGGAACAUCUGUCUUGAUGUGAUUACUCUGAGGUGUUCGCUCCAUCUCUAUUUUUUUGCUCUACGACCCCCACAAGCCUCGUCUGAAGGUAGCCCGGUACCAGUUGAAAAGAUUAAUGGAAGUAUGUAAUGGUGGUUUAGUGCCCCAGAAAAUGUCUUAAAUAUUGCAAAAAAAUAUAUGCAUGUAUAAUCAUUUCCUGAUCUGUCUUAUAUCUCUCAGAUGCAGGACAGACACUUUAAAACAAAUGUCCUUUUGAUAUUUUUUUUGUUUUUCCAUGUAUGAAUCUGUUAUUCAAUGCAUUUCUAUGGGCUAAUAGCAGUAAAGCCAAAUUCAAUGUUUCAUAAUAAAAUAUAUAAAAUAAAUAUGUUUUUAUACCUAAAUGGGUUCUAGAAUUCAAAAUCAAAUAACUAAAAUGAUCCAUGGUAUGACCAUCUUAAAACAAUUCCAUAUGUUAGCUUAGUAGAACCUCACCCCCCCUAGACUCUUGUGAAUUAUAAUCAUUGACAAAUGUUCAUUAUCAAUUACUAUGUUAGCUAAUCUCUACAUGUUUCUUUUGAUUGAUAAUCAUUCAUGUGAAAGUUGAAAUGCUUUCUUCUGUUUUGCAGAAUGUUUCAUAUGAUUUAAUACUACUGAUAGUUUUUUUUCUUCAUAUUAAGACCUGUUUACAAAUGAUUGCAACACUUUCUAAACAGAACUUCUAUUUUCCAAAGAUAUUUUGCAGUCAGAAUAGUAAAGAAAAAUGCAAGUGAUUUAACGAAAUAAAAUGUAUUUUGAUA